AUGGCAAGUGAAGGAGAAUAUGUGAGAGCAGUGAAAGGCCGUGUGAAGGCAGCGUGGGCCAAGUGGCGAGAGGUUUCUGCCGUGAUGUGCGACAAAAAGUUACCAGCCAAGCUGAAGUCGAAAAUGUACAAAACUGUGAUAAGACCUGUGUUAUUGUACGGAGCAGAAACUUGGGCCUUAAGAAAGAAAGAAGAGAGCCUGCUGCAGAGAACGGAAAUAAGAAUGCUGAGGUGGAUGUUAGAAAUUAGUCUAAGAGAGCAGAAAACAAACGAAGAGGUGUUAGCUAAAGCAGGAAUCACAGGCAUUAGUAGCAAGAUCGAAAAGGCAAGACUCACAUGA